UCAGCAGCAGCCGAGAUUCUCAGCAUCCUCCCCAGCAUCUUCCUCAUCAUCCUCUUCACCAUCCUCAGCAUCUUCCUCAGCAAGCUGGGCUGCUGUCAUGGACGGCUCUUCAUCCUUACUGUUGCAGCCUUGCUGUCCAGCUGGCUACCCCUCUCUGGCUCCUUUUUAAAUUGUUUUAUCCCUAGUCUGCUUUGGGGAAAUGGGGGAUGAUAAUGAGACAGAUGUAACAGAGUUUGUUCUAUUGGGGUUCUCUGGCUUUGGCUUUCUCCAGGGCCAUCUGUUCUGGGGUGUGCUGUGUAUCUAUGUUGUUACCUUGCUGGGCAACUCUCUGAUUGUCUUCCUAACUCUGGCAGACUCUGCGCUCCACUCCCCCAUGUACUUCUUCCUGCGUCACUUCUCUGUGGUGGAGAUCCUCUACACCACGACCAUUGUGCCUAGGAUGUUGGCUGACCUCCGGUCUUCCUGCCCCACCAUCCCCCUUGGCAGCUGCUUCACUCAGUUAUAUUUCUUUUCUCUUUUUGGAGUUACUGAAUGCUGCUUGCUCACUGCCAUGGCCUAUGAUCGCUAUGCUGCCAUCUGUUGUCCACUGCACUAUGCUACCCUGAUGAGCCAGGGAACCUGUACAGGAAUGGUGGGGGCCUCUUAUCUUGCUGGCUUCAUCACAGGCACUACUCACUCUGUCUGCAUCUUCACGUUGCCUUUCCGUGGGGACAACACUAUCCAUCAUUUUCUGUGUGACAUCCUGCCUGUGCUGAGACUGGCUAGUGCAAGCACUUUCUGGGGUGAAGUGGGGAACCUCUUUGUCACCAUCACUUUCAUCUUCACCCCCUUCUUAUUGAUUGUGGCCUCUUAUGCCUGUAUUCUUGCCACCAUCCUUGGUGUUGCAACAUCCCAGGGUCGUCAAAAGCUCUUUUCUACCUGUUCCUCCCACUUGUUUGUGGUCAUUCUCUUUUUUGGGACUGGGACUGUGGCUUAUAUGAGGCCUCAGGCAGAUUCCUUUGGGGACACAGACCAGAUUCUUACCCUGUUCUACACAGUUGUCACCCCCAUGUGCAACCCUUUUGUUUAUUCUCUGAGGAACCAAGAGGUCGCAGGGGCCAUGAGGCGGCUCAUGAAGAGAUACCUUUGGGGUCCUUGACCACAGGCUCCUUUCUUCCCAAGAUCUUGGAGCUCAGAGCCUGACUCCUGGAUAUUCA